AGGAACAUUUCAUUUACCACAGAGUUCGGAGGGUCUGCUGCUUAUAUGGGUUUCAAUCCAUCCUUAUUUUAAUGUCUGAUGGACAUAAACGCAAUUCGGCACAACACCGGAACCAUCGUCGUGCAUCUUGUUUCCGCCCGGAGUCUUGAGAAGAAGGCACGACACGCGUGUUGUGUACGUCGGAAAUGUCCACGCUGUAGCAUCAGACGGGGAUCAUUUCAAAAUGAUUACGAAAGAUUCUUCCGCGUAAUUUGAGAAAAAUCCUCUUCGACUGCGACGGACAUUUUAACGUGCGACACCGACACAAAGGUCGAGAAGUAGAAGCUCUUCUACUUCACCCACCGGUCACCAUGGGGCUCAAGCGACAGAAACUAGCCAAGAAAAUCAUAAACUUCUACAAAUACAACUUCAGCUUCAGGGAACCCUUUCAGAUCCUCGUCGAUGGGACUUUUUGUCAGCUGGCUUUGAAGAACAAGAUUCAGAUCAAAGAGCAAAUGCCCAAAUACCUGAUGGGAGAGGUGAAGUUGUGCACUACAAGCUGUGCGCUGAAAGAAUUGGAGAUUCUGGGAGGCGAUCUGUAUGGAGCCAAAAUCAUCCUGCAGAAGUUUCAGCUGAGGAGUUGUCCGCAUUUCAAGAAGCCCGUUCCGGCCUCCCAGUGUCUGCUGUCCAUGCUGGGGGAGAGCAACCCUCACAACUACUUUGUUGCCACACAGGACCGCUCAUUAACCGAAGGCCUGAAGAGGAUCCCUGGCGUUCCCCUGCUCUACAUCAUCUCUAACACCAUCGUGCUGGACAAGGUCUGCCAGACGUCCCUCGACCACGUCCGGGCCGUCCAGCUGGGAGAGCUGGUCAGCCCGGCCCAGCAGCAGAGCAUCACCAGCCUGAAGAAGGAGCAGGGCAUCGUCCAGAAGGACGGAGAGCGGCGGGGGAGGAAGAGGAAGAGGAAACAGAGCAAUCCGAACCCCCUGAGCUGCCUGAAGAAGAAAAAGAAAAGCGGGCCGACGCCGCCGAAGAAGACUGAGGAGGGGAAGAAGAGGAAAAGAGUUAGAAACAAGAAACCAAGCACGGCAGGAGGAGACAUGCCUGCUCCUGCAGUUACAAAUGCGUAGCGGCAGGAACAGACAUUGGAACAUUAGUUUCUUUCCUGAGUGUUAUUUUAUUAUGUCCACGUUCCCACUCUGAAAUAAUUGGUUUGUUUUUAUAAUGUUGUUGCAUAAAAUAAACCAAUGUUCAUCACACAAAUUGCAAUUUCAAAA